AUGGCUGCCUUUGCUCAUCUCUCUCCAUUCCAACCAAUCUCCUCCCCCAGAAUGACCAUAAAACCCCUUGCUGUCCUCAACAAAUCCUACAAAAUGCAGGUCCCUUAUGAAUUGAAGCAGGGACAGACACGACUUUUUCACCAACUCCCGUCUGGUCUGAAAAUGGAAGUGAUUGAGCAAAAGGGUCUUGUUCUAGCCGAUAAAGAAAAUAAUAGAGACCCAAGAGAGAGUCGAAAGAACCCACCUUUGGUUUUUGUUCAUGGAAGUUACCAUGCAGCUUGGUGCUGGGCUGAGCAUUGGUUGCCUUUCUUUUCAGGGUUUGGCUUUGAUAGCUAUGCUAUUAGCUUGUUGGGUCAGAAGGGCAUUGAGAUGCAUGAGGAACAAAUACCUGGAAUUACUUCGACUGCCAUUAUAGCACUGAUUAGGUAUAUGUUGCCUACACAAAUGCAGGGUGAAAGUGAUGCACCAGCUAGUCCUGUUGCUGGUUCUCUCCAGACACAUGCAGGUGAUGUCCAUGACUUCAUCCAGAAAAAGCUAAAGUUGCCACCAGUGUUGCUUGGGCACUCAUUUGGAGGGUUAAUCAUUCAGUACUACAUUGCAAAUAUAAGGAACAAACAAAAUUUAGAAAAGAAAGUGCUGUACCAUGAUCUUGCUGGAGCUGUGCUUGUCUGCUCUGUACCGCCUUCAGGUAAUAGCGGGUUAGUGUGGCGGUAUCUGUUUUCCAAACCUAUUGCUGCUUUUAAGGUGACACGCAGCUUGGCGGCUAAAGCUUUUCAAACUGAUCUUUCACUCUGUAAGGAAACAUUUUUCAUAUCAAUGAUGGAGGAUCAUCUAGUGAGACGGGUGCUCAAGACUGUCAAUCAGUAUACUUACCUCAGUGGUGAGCUUAUAAUGGAAAUUUCUCGUGCAAUUUCAAACUUGCCCAUCAAAGGCAAUGCUUUAGCUUUGUGUUACCAAGAACUAAUGAAAGAAAGCUCAAGAAUUCCAUUGUUUGAUCUAAGAAAGCUUAAUUCAUCACUUCCAGUUCCGUCAGUGCCAAAAUCGUCUAUCGAAGUCCUUGUGCUGGGCGCAAGUGAUGAUUUCAUAGUGGAUGCCGAAGGACUCAAUGAAACUGGCAGGUUUUACGACGUAUCACCAAUCUGUGUUGAAGGGGUUGCCCAUGACAUGAUGCUAGAUUGUUCGUGGGAAAAAGGUGCUAGGGCUAUUCUAUCAUGGUUAAAUAGUUUAAGAAGAUAG